AUGCAAUCAGAAAGUCCUAAACUUUAUUUGUUAUAUGAACGGAUUUUUACGACAUACAAAACUAUAUUAGAAUGUUUUAUUAAACCAGAAUUAUUGCAGCUGACUGAAAAUGAAAAAAACAGUAGCAAGGAUCUUAACAUUGAUUUAGAGAACAAAAUUUUGAAUUUAGAAUAUGAAAAUAAACAAAACCAUGUACUAAUUGAAGAAAUAUACCUUGAUGGGUCUAUAAAGUGUCCAGAUAUUUUUGCACACCUGUGUGUGCCUUCACAGCGUAACAAAAAUGAUUGCCAAGAUGGCGCCCUCAACGGACAGCUUUGUCCCUCAACCACUAUCACCAUCUCUAUUGGUUCACCAUCCGCACCAGCUUGUAUUUAUUUCAGUGAUUACUAA